CUUCAAUUGCACAACUCAAGCUCUAUUGGCUAUAAGCAAUCUCUCGAUAACUUCCCGAAGCACGUCGCGAUAUACUUUUUCUCGAGAAAGACAUGGGUGUCACCAGCUUUACCCAGGAGUUCACCACUUCAAUCACUCCAUCGAGGAUGUUCAAGGCCCUGAUCCUCGACUCCCAUAACCUCAUCCCCAAGAUCGCCCCCCAGGGCAUCAAGAGUAUCGUCUUCGUCGAGGGGGACGGAGCUGUUGGAAGCAUUAAGCAGACCAACUUCGCCGAUGGUGGUCACUUGAAGUGGCUGAAGCACAGGAUUGAUGCUAUUGACUCCGAGAAGCUGGUGUGCAAGUACACAUUGAUCGGGAGCGAUGUGACAUUUGACAAGAUCGAGACCGUGGUCUAUGAAGUUAAGUUCGAGGCUUCAGCCGACGGUGGGUGCGUUUGCAAGAUGACCAGCGAGUACCACACUAAGGAAGCUGUCGAGCUUAAGGAGGAGGAGAUCAAGCAGGGGAAAGACAAGGCUAUGGGGCUUUACAAAGUUAUCGAAGAAUACCUAGUCGCCAACCCAGAUGCCUAUGCUUAAAUUAGCCAGUCAUCGCCCAUUUCCUCGUAUGAUGAUUCGAGUUUCAGCAUUUUGUUCGUUUUUCUGUUCAUUUCUCCCAGUCACCGAUUUGUACCUUCGAGAUACGAUAUAUCUUAUCUUCUAGAAUUUGGCUAUAUAUAAGGAGAGAGAUUUGUCUGUGUGAAAGAUUCAUUCGAAAGCAAUGUCUUCACUAUUUGUACAACAAUAUAUGAAUUGAAUAAGGAAAUUCCAUUGAAGAUC